ACACUAUAUAGUAAAUGACCCAAGUCACAACCUUUCUAACCAUAUCACAUAUCCUUCUUUUCAAAGCGCUUUGUGUAACAUAUUUUCAAUACAAUCUUGUUAUGGCUCCAGAUAGAGAUACCCUUAUGGCUUCCUACAAUGCUACAAAAAAUUCAAACAAUCUCCAAAAACCCUCAAGGUUAUCAAUGGACACGUUACAACGAACGAUAUCGGAUAUCUCGUUUGAGUUGAGCAAAGAAGUGGAUGCUGUUGCUGAUCAGCUAAAGCUUCCCCCUAUUUCAGAAGUUGAAGAUGCGAAGUGCGAGUGUUGUGGGAUGUCCGAGGAGUGUACGCCAGAGUACAUUGCGAAAGUGCGCGAGAAGUUUUUGGGGAAACUGAUUUGUGGGUUGUGUUCAGAGGCUGUGAAGGAAGAGAUGGAGAAAUGUGGAGGGGAGAUAGAGGAUGCAUUGAAUGAGCAUACUAGGGUUUGUGUGAGGUUUAAUAGGUUCGAUAGGCGGAACCCCGUGUUGUUCCAAGCAGCAGCUAUGAAGGAGAUGUUGAAGAAAAGUGCAAGGUUAGAUGGAAGUAGGGGUAAAUCUCUAAGCCCAAGAGAUCAUAAGAGAGGUUAUGGUAAUGUGAACAAGGGUGGACUUGCUAGGAGUUCAAGUUGCAUACCUUCCAUUACACGAGAAAUGAACGAUCGAGAGGUCAUCAAUUGAGCAACUGACACGCUCUCUUGGACUGUGAGUUUUCCGGUAACAGGUUGUCAUGGCUAACAACAACAACAAAAAAAAAAAAAAAAAAAAAAAAAAAAAAAAAAAAAAAAAAACUCACAAGUGAUAAUUAGAAAAUCCAUGUUAGUGUACAUACUAUAAGCUGUUUCUUAGAUGUUAACUUGUAAAAUAAACUCUCGUCUUCGGCUAAAGGCCCGUAGCCUUGCCAGGCAUGGGGAAAUCAACCCGAGAUGUAUAUAGUGAGAACUUAAUUAUGUGUGACAUGCUACCUUCAGUAUUUUAAUUAAAUGUUCAUGACUGUGUAUA